GGUGAAUACUUUACCCGUCAACUUCAACUUAUAGCUUUUCAUUUACAUUUUUUUUUUCAUCACAACACAACAUUUGGCCCUGCUUUGGCUCCAAACACCUCCCAUCUCUGUGUUCUUGUCCAUGACAGACUUUUAUAGGGUAGAUAUUGAGGUUUGGAGGUCAGAAGGAAAGGUAUCCUUCAACUUUAACCCCCUUCCACGUUGAUCAUCUUGGCGCACAACUCGAGUGUCAAGCCCAAUAUUUGGCUCAUGGUAAACGCUUCAGGACAGGAGCGUGGACGUGCUGAUCCCCACUAAACCCCUCCUAGGCUGGAGAGGUGUCUGGUUGCCUGAACUCAAGGGCCUGACGGAGGGGUUAUUUAAAUAGGUGGUGACGGGGCUGAUUUAUAUCUGAUUGCUGGUACUACAGAGAAGCAGAUGCCUUUUGGCCAAAUAUGCUGUAAUAUAGGAUGCUUGCUUCAGUCGCAUAAAAGCAUGCAUUGACCCCGAGACACACUCCCUUUCCCAUUCCUCAUCGUUGUGUGUCUUUAACACAAUCUCUGGUAUGAGAUUUCAGCUGGUGUGUAGGUGGUUUCCAGCCUGAUGACAGUUGGUGAUGCCCCACCACCAGAGAUGGUGGAACAUGAGUAGUGUUGGACCGAGGUGGAGGCCCAGCUUCAGUAAACACCUAUCAGGUAAUCCAGAGGAGGGAGUCAUACUGAGGCUGAGAGUUGGGCUGAUGGUAGCUGGACAGGGCUCAGCCCCCGUGGGCAUGAUGAGGCGUGGGACCAGCCUGCAGAGUCGGCGGAGUAAGGGGUCCGGGACAGGGUCGGGGUCCGGGAGCGGAGACCGCGAUCCUCUCCUGCGAGGCAGCCCCCAGGCUACCCACCGCCGCAACACCCACGAUCCUCAGCAGCAUGUCAGCCGCCCACGCUCCUCCUCCACCACUGACACAACACCCAGCAGCCCCGCCCCCGGGUACGCUCUUGGGGACGUGGUACUGUCAUCGGGAUACCAGUCAACCGAGGAAACAGACAGGAUCGAUCGGCUGGAGGUGAGUGGGCUGGGCCAGACCCCCCUGGCUGUGUCGUGUGGGGCAGACGGUUCAUUCCCGGGAGGUGAGGAUGGCGCCCCAGACCCCCAGCGCACCAAGCAGGCCAUCGCCCAGCUGCAGCAGAAAAUCCUCAAACUCACAGAGCAGAUCAAGAUCGAGCAGACAGCCCGGGAUGACAACGUCGCUGAAUACCUCAAACUGGCCAACAAUGCUGACAAGCAGCAAAGCACACGCAUCAAGCAGGUUUUUGAGAAGAAGAACCAGAAAUCAGCCCAGACCAUCCAGCAGCUACAGAGGAAGCUGGAACACUACCACCGUAAGCUGCGGGAGGUGGAGCACAAUGGCAUCCCACGCCAGCCGAAGGACGUUCUGCGGGACAUGCAGCAAGGCCUGAAAGAUGUCGGGGCCAAAGUCACAGGCUUCAGUGAGGGCGUGGUGGACAGCGUCAAGGGCGGCUUCUCCAGCUUCUCCCAGGCCACUCACUCCGCUGCUGGGGCCGUCGUUUCAAAACCCCGGGAAAUUGCUUCGCUGAUCCGCAACAAAUUUGGCAGUGCUGACAACAUCCCCUCAUUGAAAGACUCUCUGGAUGACCCCUCAGUGGAAGAAGCAGUGACAGGGGCUGGUGGGCGCUCACUGGGCAGUGCGGGGCAUCACCUCCAGUCCAGUCCCAAGUAUGGGAGUGAGGAUGACUGCUCUAGUGCUACAUCAGGCUCAGCAGGGGCCAACAGCACCACAGGGGCCCCGGGAGGUCCCCCCAGCUCCAAGGGCAAUACCCUGGAAAGGAGCCAGAGCUCCAGCUUGGACAUGCUGCUGCAGGAAGUGCACGAGCUGAGGGAGGGCCAGGCACGGCUGGAGGAAAGCCUGGAGGGCUUGAAGAGUCACUAUCAGAGAGACUACACUGUUAUUAUGCAAGCCCUGCAGGAGGAACGCUUCAGGUGUGAGCGCCUGGAGGAGCAGCUAAAUGACCUGACUGAGCUUCACCAGAAUGAGAUCCUGAACUUGAAACAGGAGCUGGCUAGCAUGGAGGAGAAGAUCGCCUACCAGUCCUAUGAAAGAGCCAGGGACAUCCAGGAGGCUUUGGAGGCAUGUCAGACCCGGAUCUCCAAGAUGGAACUGCAGCAGCAGCAACAGCAGGUCGUCCAGUUGGAGGGGCUGGAAAAUGCUACGGCCAGGACCCUCCUGGGGAAACUCAUCAAUGUGCUGCUGGCCCUAAUGGCUGUUCUACUGGUCUUUGUCUCUACCGUGGCAAAUUGUGUGGUCCCCCUGAUGAAGACCCGCUCACGUUCCCUCUCCACCCUCCUUCUGAUCCUCCUCCUAGCCUUUCUCUGGAGGAACUGGGAUGCACUCUCGGGGUAUACGCACCGAGCACUGCAGCCCCCCAGAUGACCAGCCUGAAGUGGACACGUGUUGCACUGGUGACACCAGAUGGUGUACCUGUAGUUCCAGUCGUGUGCAGGAAGCCUGAAGAACGUAACCGCCAACAGGCAGGCUGUGUGGCCGGGCGAUGAAAAAUUCAUCCAAUUGGCCAAGCACAUUUGGACAGGAUUUGGACUCGAGACAGAGAUGAAGGAAGAGAUAGAGCAAAGUUCAGAAUUCUCAUGACUUUCAUUUAGAAAAAAAAGAGACUGUGUUUACAUUUUGGAAAUGAACUAUGGUGUUGUUAUCCCUCACAGAAUGCAGCGUCAUACUGUUUUAUCUUUAGAGUUUAAUCCAGUAUGUUAUUAUUUCUAAUAUUAUUUUAUUUUCUGCAUUAUUUUAUUCAGUACCAUGUAGCAUUAUGCUCCUCUCACUCUGCACGGAGAGGAGUUUAGUCAGGAAACUGGUUUGCUGAUUGACCUCAAAGGCCCAGUCUAUUUGUAGAGACAUGCAAAUAAUGUGAUUGAUUGCCUUUAGGAAGAUAACUAUUACUUAGCCUAGAUUUGAAACAUGGCUGAAAACUUUCCUGGGACUUGCUCCUCUCCUGCUGUGAUGAAAUUUGAUCAGACAGAACUUUUUCCGCUCUGCAUUUCCUCAGAAACAAAGGACUGACCAUGACUUUGAGCGUCAUGAUGACUAGAGACUUCUUGUGCUUCCUUACUGUUUCUACUAGCAAAAAUAAUGUCCUUCUUCUUAUGUUCUUUUUUAAGUAAAAGAAGAGAAUGAACUGUUAAGUAGGGGAGUAAAUUGUGAAGGAUUGAAGGCGAACAGGGCCAGCUUUGAAGGAAAUGCUGUGAUGGACCACUGACUGUAGGACCGUCACACACCAAGAACCUCUUACCAUCUUCAAAUAUGGAAUCUGCCAUAUUGCAACAUGCAAACAACCCUGCAUGUUUUCAUUAAGAAUAGUUAAAUAGACAGAAACUGAAGUUGCUUCUAAAAACAUCUACAAAGGCCAUUGUACAGGUAAAAUCAAGUUGCCAGGUUAACUGCUUUGACCCCGCCAUAUUCAAUCCGAUCAGGUUUGGAAAGAGAGACCACUGGUGCUUAUCCAGCUCAAUUGCAGUUGGAACAGGAAUGCUCCUGCCUCAUAUCUACAGUGCAAGUCGUCUCCACUGCCAUGCCAGUCAAAUGCACACUGCCUGUAUGUGAUGUUGUACUAUUCAUCAGACACUCUCCCUGCGUAUUCAGUAUCUCUGUGGGCGUCCUUCUUUUUCUGCAAGUACACUACUCUGUGGUGUAAUCACCCAGUGCCAAACCUUAGUCUACCCAAGGGAUGCCCGAGCACCCAGAGGGUCCAAGCUGAGAGGGGAGAACAGGGAGGUGGCUCAGGUAGUCUCACUUCUUUUGAGAGAUGUCAUGAAUGUGUCUACCUGGAUGUCAAGGACUUUAUCUUUUCAGGAGACAAAACUUGUGAAGGGAAAACUCUGCCAGAGAAUUCACAAUCUGAAAACAAACUUGACUCAGAAUCUUCAGAAGUGUGUUUCUCAACCUUGCUUCCUCAAGUACAGUUCUUGGCUUAGCGUCCAGUCCGUCUUAUCCUCCCUCUCAUCUAGUCAAGGACACAAGAUGACCUAGAACAUGAGUCGUCCACCCUGCAUUUCAUGCCGAGGAGCUGAUUCCAAGAUAACAGAUAGUGAGAUCAUUUGAACCGAACUAUACAGCUGCACUUUAGCACACUGCUAGAUAAUAUAUCGUAGGUCUGGACGAGGCUUGAGAAACCUUUGAUAAAGACUUCAGAGGUUGUCACUCUUACAACAGCAGCCCUCUGAAAGAUGAGGGGUUGGCUCAGGUCAGGAUCAUUGUCAUCUCUGCCUAAGUGAUUGGCAGUAAAAUCCACACUGAUGAAAUGAGUUCAGUGAAACUCAGAAGGUGGAUAAAAGUGAUUCACUUAAGCUCACACAUGUAAUUAAAAUGGCAGGAGAGCGAUUGAGUCUUUUCAGUUUUGCCAUCAAAAGUGCAGCAGACAAGAUGACACUGAGCUGACCUGUAACCCUAAUUUGGUGUUGCAGUGACUUCUGUGAUGUAGGUUUGUGUGCUAAACCACUCCAGUGCCUUCUGAUGUCCUUUUCUAAGUGUGGGAUAAAUAAAGUGCAUUCCUGACUAA